CAUCAGUGCGUUGAGACCGGAGAACCCCAGUCUGCCACAACAUGAAGUGCCUUCAGCUGAUAGUCCUGUGCUGCUCUUUUUUGGCCGUUGCCAGUGGUCUGAGUUUCACGGUGACAUCGCGGAUCUACAUGGAUGUGAAGCACAACAAGAAGCCGGUGGGCAGAAUCACCUUUGGAUUAUUCGGGAAGUUGGCUCCCAAAACUGUGGCAAAUUUCCGACACCUUUGCCUGCGCGGUGUGAAUGGCACCAGCUACGUUGGUUCCCGAUUCCACCGCGUGGUGGACCGCUUUCUUGUCCAAGGUGGCGAUAUCCUCAAUGGAGACGGAACUGGCUCCAUUAGCAUCUACGGGGAGUACUUCCCAGACGAGGAUAAGGCCUUGGCCGUGGAGCACAAUAGGCCGGGUUACUUGGGCAUGGCCAAUCGUGGUCCGGAUACUAAUGGAUGCCAGUUCUAUGUGACAACAGUGGGCGCGAAAUGGCUGGACGGGAAGCACACCGUAUUUGGCAAGGUUCUGGAGGGAAUGGAAACUAUCUACGCUAUCGAGGAUGUUAAAACGGACACCGACGACUUCCCGGUGGAGCCUGUGGUUAUCUCAAACUGCGGGGAGAUUCCUACGGAACAGUUCGAAUUCUACCCGGACGACUUCAACAUUCUCGGAUGGAUCAAAGCGGCUGGUCUGCCCGUCACCAGCUCCUUCUGCGUGCUGCUCAUCUUCCACUACUUUUUCCGCCAGCUUAACAUGUAUUGCUGAGGGCUUUCGCCUCUCCCAAAGUAUAAGCUUUAUUACUGCACAUAAGACUAAGAAAACCCACCCAUCCACUCCGAACUAAACCCCACAAUAAAUGCAUAUAAAAUUUCAA